AUGGCCGGCAGGCCAAAGAGUUGCGUUGCCAAGAACUAUGCAAAUGGACUCUCGCCGGGGAAGGAGGCCAGCCCUUUGGCUCCUAAGUCGGUUGUCCGCCACGUCCUGGAGCACACAUAUCACACCCUGUUGGUGGGAGAAGGAGCCGGGGACUUCGCGAACUCCAUGGGAUUCCAGACCCAAUCUCUAAACACUCCGGAAACCACAGAGAUCUCUGAAAACUGGACGGCGAAUAACUGGCAGUCAUACUUCUGUGGAAAUGCCUAUCCGGAUCCCUUGUCGUCGUACGGUCCGUACAAGCCGUUGACUUCGUGGGAUGAGGAUGCUUCUGGAACUGGACAUCAUGAGAUCGGAGUUGAUAACCACGACACUACCACCAUGGUCGCCAUCGAUGUGGAUGGCAAGAUCCUCGUGGGCACUUCUACCAACGGACUGCGACACAGGCUACCCGGACGGGUUGGGGAUGCCUCAAACCCUGGUUCUGGCGCUUAUGCGAAGGUGGUAGGUGGCUUGUUGAUAGCACAGGUAUAUCUUUAA